GCCAAAAAAGGAUGACUAGUGACUACGCAUCAGAUCAUAGCGGUUCUUAUCAAACGCAACAGCCAUUUGAAGUUUAGAAACGCCCGAGGGGUACCGUUCGGAGUCAUAUGCAGCAGCUCAAAGUCAGCCCCAUAUAGCACACAGCAGUGAGUAGACCCAGUAGUGUGUAGCACUGCUAUUCCCUCAGAGGAAAUUCAUCAAACACAGGAAACAUGGAUCUGGGUUUUCUUCUCCACGCCCUCAUUCCGUCAUGGAACUCGGUUGCUAUCCUAGCCACAUUCUUCGCGUACUUGGCCAUUGUCGGAUCUAUACUACCUGGGAAAGUUGUUCCCGGUGUGAUCUUACAAGACGGUAGCCGUCUUCACUAUCGCUGCAACGGUUUGCUGUCACUUCUUAUGCUGGUUGGGCUUCUUGGGAUUGGUGCAAAGAUGGAUUACAUAUCACCCACUGCAAUAUCAGACAGAGGACUUGAGCUGCUAUCAGCAACUUUUGUGUUCAGUUUUCUUGUGACCUUGGUACUCUAUGCUGCUGGCUGCAAGUCAAGCAAUCAGGGUUCUUCCCUGAAACCUCAUUUCACAGGGAAUCUAAUACAGGACUGGUGGUUUGGAAUUCAGCUGAAUCCCCAGUUUUUGGGCAUCGACCUCAAAUUUUUCUUUGUCAGAGCUGGAAUGAUGGGCUGGCUACUUAUCAACCUAUCAGUUCUAGCAAGAAGCAUUCAAGAUGCCACUGUGAGCCGAUCGAUGAUCCUGUACCAGCUUUUCUGUGUGUUAUAUAUCCUAGACUACUUUGUUUAUGAGGAAUACAUGACCUCCACAUGGGACAUAAUUGCUGAAAGGUUGGGCUUCAUGUUGGUCUUUGGAGAUCUAGUGUGGAUUCCUUUCACUUUUAGCAUUCAGGGUUGGUGGCUUUUGAGUAACAAGGCAGAGCUUACGACUGCUGCUGUAAUAGCCAAUUGCUUUGUUUUUUUGAUGGGGUAUCUGGUAUUUAGAGGAGCUAACAAGCAAAAACACAUAUUCAAAAAGAAUCCCAAGGCGCUCAUAUGGGGUAUGCCUCCAAAGGUCAUUGGGGGGAAGUUGCUUGCUUCCGGUUUUUGGGGAGUUGCAAGGCACUGUAAUUACCUUGGGGACUUGUUACUGGCUCUAUCCUUCAGUUUACCUUGUGGGAUAAGUUCCCCAAUUCCAUACUUUUACCCCAUUUAUCUUCUUAUUCUGCUAAUUUGGAGAGAAAGGAGGGAUGAAGCUCGCUGUGCCCUUAAAUACAAAGAAGUCUGGGCAGAAUACUGUAAACUUGUUCCAUGGAGAAUAUUACCUUACUUCUAUUAGAAACUAGGCUUUGACGAAGAUUGAAACUGGUGAUCUCUGUUUCAUGAGGUGUAAUUCCUAAUGUAAUUGAGCUAUUUCUUGAGUUAAGACCUCUGGCAUUCUUUUUUGUACUCU